AUGACUGGGCAGGUCGUCCAUCCCUGUGUGCUGCGGACAUCUCUGCUGGAGCUUCGGGAGGUUGCAUGCAGAACACCAGUCGUGGUGCAGUGCAACGUGGGUGUGGCUACACCGGCCGAGGUAACGAAGUUGGUGGAGAACGACAUCAAUCAGACCAUCUUGUUUAAGAGCAAAACGGAUCAGCACUGCAAGGGCGCGGUCGUCACCAUUGGCAGGAUCGUGUCGGCAGACCAUGCUACCCGGUUGACCUGCUCGUGCAGCUUCUCUGUGCCGGGCGCUAUCGACACAGCCUUGCGUAAUCACAUGCCGAGAAACUGUCCAAGGAGGCCAACAUCUGAGGGUUUGGCGCUACUGCGGUCGUUCAGGGUGGAGCCGGACACUCAGAGGCAAUCACUUUUGCGUGCGGCUGUGGCGCCAUGA